AUGGUACUGCAUCGGUAUCCUGGUUGGAUUGUUGGAUAUGAGAUCGUGUCCAAGUCACCAAUCUUCAGGUUUGGACCAUAUUUCUGCCAACCUGUGAUUGCUGGAUUGGGAGAUAAUGAUAAGCCCUUCAUCUGCACAAUGGAUUCAAUUGGUGCCAAGGAGCUGGCCAAAGAUUUUGUUGUUGCUGGUACCGCAUCAGAGUCCCUCUAUGGUGCCUGUGAGUCAAUGUACAAGCCUGAUAUGGAACCAGAAGAACUGUUUGAGACCAUUUCUCAGGCACUGCUUGCCUCUGUGGAUCGCGACUGUUUGAGCGGAUGGGGUGGCCACGUCUUUGUUGUCACUCCAACAGAAGUUAUAGAGAGGACCCUGAAGGGAAGAAUGGACUGAUUUGGUUCUAAAAUGAGCACUAGUCAACCUUUCCAAGGUGGACUUUGGAUUCACCAGCCAAGUUGUGCUCUUUAUGUGUGUCUGGGAGGCCAUUGGAGCUCAGCCAUCAGACACUAAAUUUGUGGUGUCAACUGUCAAAGAAAACAACAUUGAUUUCUUAUCUUUAAAUGGUUAUUGAAGGAAACAUUAUUUCUUUAUACAUAAGGUGCUUUUUGGCUGAAACUUCAACACCUGCAGACACAGCUAUUGUCCAUGUUGAGCCCAAUGAGAAUGGAUAUUGAGCAUUAUAUAUCAUCUGCUGGUGAAACAAUGAGAAUCUUGCCAUUGUAGAACUUUGAAAGUAACCAUUCAAUACACAGAUGUUUUGUCGUCA